AAGAUCAGAGAGUGUGAAAUUUGUGUUGUUCAAAACUAUAAUCCAAAACAUGCGAGUUCGUUCAUUGGUUAACCCAGCAAGAAAAUCAUCCAUCUUUCCCACGCACCCAUCUCGAUUUUCUUCAAAAUGCAGGGUUUAUUCUUCGUUGUUUCCUCGCAAGAAUCUUAGAGAUCCCGCAAACCCCCGUCCCUUUUAUUCAGAUUCAAAUUCAUCAUCAUAAUCUUCUUCUUAGUUUCAGAUUCAGAAAUGGGGUUCCUUACGUGGUACUUGAAGAUGCUUGAUGUUCGUCCGAUCAUCACAAAGAGUGUCUCCGCUGGCUUGAUCUAUGGAGCUGCUGAUUUAACUGCACAGAGUGUGACCAUGAGAGCUUCGGAUUCUUUAUACCUGAUAAGAACAUUACGGAUGGCAGUGUUUGGGCUGCUUUUUUUAGGGCCAGCGCAACAUGUGUGGUUUAAUUUCUUGGGACGGAUUCUACCAAAACGAGAUAUGGCUACCACCUUCAAGAAGCUAAUUGUAGGCCAGCUCUUUUAUGGGCCCUCCUGCACCGCUGUUUUUUUCACUUACAACGCGUUUCUUCAAGGUGAAAGUGGUCGCGAGAUUGCAUUGAGAUUGCGGAGAGAUCUUUUGCCAACUUUAACCGGUGGUCUUAUGUAUUGGCCGCUGUGUGAUUUCUUCACUUACAAAAUCAUCCCUGUUCAUUUGCAGCCAUUAAUCAAUAGCGCAUUCUCGUUUAUGUGGACUAUAUAUCUAACGUACAUGGCGAGUUUGGAAAAGGCAAUCAAAGCUUAAGUAUUACCGUUCUAUCGCUUUCAAUCAGCCAUACGAUCUCUUCCUAAGUUAUGGAAGUUCACAUGGCUUUUAACGCAACAGAGAUGGCACACGACGUUCUAGAGUGCAGGUGGAUCGAAUUCAUGGAGGUAUAUGACAAUAAAAUGGGCGAAAAAUGGUUGAGAGUCGUUUAUGAUUAAGGAAAAAAUCUAUGUGUUACUAUAAAA